GACUAGCAACUGGGUUCCUACUUACUGCAAGAUAAUCCAUUGGACUGUUACAAGCUGCAACUUUAGGAACUGAAAAUGCCGGGUGGGAUCACAGAAGCCGGAGAGCUUUACUCCCCAUAUGUGGGUCUCGUGUACAUGUUUAACUUGAUUGUUGGAACAGGAGCAUUAACUAUGCCACAGGCUUUUGCUGCCGCUGGAUGGGCUGUGAGUCUUGCUCUCAUCAUCCUCCUGGCAUUCUUAAGCUACAUGACGACAACCUUUGUUAUUGAAGCCAUGGCAGCUGCUAAUGCACACUUGUGCUGGAAAAGGAGGGAGAGGCAGAGAAUAGUGGAGGAUAGCGACGACUCCUCGGAGGCCUACGAUGAUGAUAACAAUGAAGUUGCAAUACGUGAUGGUCAUGAACGAUCAGAGACGAGGCCUAUUCUAUCAGUUCAGAGAACAGGAAUGCAUGACACUUUUGACAUUGUGCAGCGAGUGGAAAUGGGUCAGAUGGCCUCAAUGUUCUUCAAUAAAGUGGGAGUCAACAUGUUCUACAUCUGCAUCAUAAUCUACCUCUAUGGGGAUCUGGCAAUCUAUGCAGCUGCUGUGCCAUAUUCCCUCACUGAAGUGGUCUGUGGUAAUCAAUCAUGCAGUGCCAAAAGCAAGAUAAAGCACAAUGAUACAGAUCCAUGCUGGGGAUCAGUCAGACGCAUUGAUGCCUACAGGAUCUUUCUGACCGCAUUCUCGCUGCUUCUGGGACCUUUUACUUUCUUUAACGUGCAGAAGACCAAAUACCUCCAAAUCGUCACUUCAUUAAUGAGAUGGAUAGCUUUUAUAAUCAUGAUCAUCCUGGCUCUGAUCAGAAUCGGCAGAGACCGAGGAGAAGGUCAUCCACCCAUUGCCAAUCUGUCCGGCAUUCCCAACCUGUUUGGGGUGUGCGUUUACUCCUUCAUGUGUCAACAUUCGCUGCCUUCGCUCGUGACACCCAUCAAUAAGAAGAAACACAUCAACAAACUCGUUCUAGUGGAUUAUGUACUCAUCUUGGGCUUCUACAGCCUCCUUUCCUUUACAGCCAUUUUCUGCUUCAGCAACCUGAAGGACAUGUACACUCUUAACUUUACGAGCAACUGUGACGUCAUUGAUGUACCCUUCAUCCGCUACUUUCUUGGUCUGUUCCCCGUUUUCACCAUAAGCACUAAUUUCCCAAUAAUUGCGGUUACGUUGCGGAAUAACUGGAAGACCGUAUUCCACAGAGAUGGGGGGAUGUACCCGUGGGUGAUCGACAGAAUCAUCUUUCCCCUCAUCACAAUAAUUCCUCCAAUAGUUGUUGCCUACUGCACACACGACCUGGAGACUCUGGUGGGUGUUACUGGUGCCUACGCCGGCACAGGCAUACAGUAUAUUAUUCCCGCGUGCCUGGCCUAUUUCAGCAGAAGGGACAUUGGGUUUGUGUUCGGAAACGAUGUUCAGAACAAGCACAGGUCACCCUUCAAACACACAUUCUGGAUAAUCUUUGUGUUGGCCUGGUCGCUCUCUUGUUUCAUGUUUGUGACGACCAACAUUGUACUGACUGAGACAGUCCAUUGAGACUCCUCCUCGCAGGCGAGAAGGAGAUCUUACAUUGUCUUGUCUCAACAAAGGAGCAAAAGCUGCUUCAAACUUAGCAAAAGAAAAUCAAUUUAUACUAAAGUUUAAUUAAGUCACUAUAUUGUACUAUACAAUUGCUAUUUUGUUCCCCAUCUUUCCCUCUUUCUAAAAACUAAAUAAUGAAGCCUUUGUUGUCUUGGAUUGGCGUUAAAGAAUUUCAGCAGAAUUCAGAUUUUAGCUUACAUCUCUGUGAAACAAAUGAUUUGAUGAUUUUCUGUGAUGCUGUAGCCAUUCAUGUUUCGUGAUCAUUGUUAAGUGAUUAUCAGGAUUCACGUUGUGAAAGGCACAUUUUCCCUGAUCACCCCCAGAGGGAAACUGUUCGAAAAUCUUCACCUUUUUUUGUUGCAUAUAAUCAUUGGCAAUAACCAUAAACCACCAAGUGGCUGAACAUUUUUCACAUCAAAAAUUCAAUCUACUAAUGUCAUUGAACUGCUUGAAAUUGCGUAGGCCUCCAAGAUGGAACAAACCUUGCUUAAAGGCACAAGUGCUUAUCAGUGAACUAACUCAAAACCCGGGUGGCAUUCAGCUCCAUGAAAUCAUGGUGGGCACAGUGAAUCUUCAAGACUGUACAACUAAAUUGAUUAAACGCACAAGUGCUUAUAACUGGACUAGCCAAAAACAUGAGUGACUAUGCUGGGUCUUGUUGACAAUCUCUUGUAUCUGAAUUCACUUUGUCGAAACCCAUGUAAGAAAUGUUUAUUUAGUUAAUCCUGAGAUAGCUGUGUGGCAGUUGUGAUUGUUUGUAUUUUUGGUCCAUCUCUUAACGAGUGGUGCUCUCAGUUUAACAAAAUCAUUAUCACCAUUUGCAUUCAUCAGCCACCCAAGAUCAAAGUGUAAGGAGGAAACAUACUUGAGGUACAAAACCAGACUGGAGCAAAUGGUAUUAUUUGGCUGCACAACUCUGGUUCUCACCCAAGCAUUCGUAUUUGGACGAUGUUUAAAAAGAAACACUUCCAGCCCUCUCCUGGGUAACUAAAUGAAGUACUCCACCUGGAGAGACAAGCUGACAUCAAGAAUUAUUCUGUUCAGUGAAGGAUAUAGUUUACAAACACACUGAGAGCAAUCCUACCUUGGUUUUUAAACCAAAAGAGGUAGAAUUUAACUUUUUACCAGUAAGUCAGUGUUCUCUUGAUUCUUCCUGUUGCAUUUUAGUUCCUGUUGUACGGUGCUUUAAUAUGUUCAAAUUAAUUUAUAAGGUGGUGACUCUGAGGCAGAAUUUACUUUGCGGAGCAUAUUGGGAAUAAAAACUAUUUGAGGAUGCAA